AUGUCUCUCGAGGCCGCCGCCAGCGCCAUGCACCCGGCCGCCAUGCUGCAGCGAAAGGACAAGGCGCCGCUGGCAGCUCCGCUGGUCUCGUUCCUGGGACGACCGAGCAAGUGCGGGUCGCCCCGCCUGCCGGACAACGUGAUAUCGCCUCGCUCCGUGUGGGAAGAGAGCCCUCCUAACGAGCGGCUGGACCCUACCGCGAGCCCGAGGCAUACCACGUCGGCAUCAAGCCGAUUGGUCCCUACGCCGCCAAAGACGUCCUUGUGGCGUAUUCACAGCCUCCUGUCACCAGACCCAACAACGAACACCCAGACAACCAGCUCCCACAAGCGCCGGACGCCCCCAUCUUCACCACCACAGGAACAAGCGGACGUCGCUGUGAACGCUGCGAAGCGACCUCGGCUCGUGCGCCGUGUUUCGUCGCAGUGGCGUCAUGAGCUGUCACCGCGGGACCGCGCCAUAACUCGCGAGAGGAUUAUGCGCAGCCUGCACAUGCACUGCCAGGGAGACUACGAGAUGCUCGUGCUGCUUCUCUCAUCGAUGGAGGAGGAGCUACUCCAUAUUAAAACGACGUCCAGCGAGUUCUACGCACAACAGGCAUUUGAGCUCAGUGACCUCAUCGAGCACGCUACGCUCGAGCGCUAA